CUGAAUUUUGUAGUUUGUCAAACUUAACAACUGAUGUCUCAGGUGUACUAAAAACUAAACCAAUAUGGGUAUCAUUAUUAGUAUUGACUGAAGGAAGUACACUAAUUCUAAUUAUUAAGUGUUCUCAUCAAUUAACACAAUUAAAUAUCAACCUUCAUAAUCUAGAGUAGUAAUAAGACAAUUAAUUAUCAAAAUUUCAGUUUUUCGACCACAGUCUUAAAACCCUUUACAUAAUCUAUCAUCCAUAAAUUUAUGGGAAAAGACAAUUUAUGGAGGAAAAGAGUACAGUAGACAACUUCCUAUCUGUCUUUGUGUGAAUACCAUCUAUGGUAAAUAUUUUUUAUGCAAAGUGGUAUUAUAUAAUUUAUUUGUGUGUAUCUAUGCCCGGGUACAGAUUGGUAGAAUAUAAUGCAUAAAGUUACGACAAAAUGGUAAGAAUAAUAACAAAUAACAGCUCAAAACUCUUGAUAUAUUUAUAUCAAGUUUUGUUAGUUUAUUAUGUGUUAAAAUAAAAUAUUUUAGGUAUUUUGUUCGUAGUACUCAAACAACAUCGACCUUGCAGCAGUGUACCCUUACAGUAUUUGUUCAUUAUACUUGUAACGAAAUUUGAAUAUAUUAAUCCCUAUUUUUUAUACACUGACAUUUCAUAUAAACAGUGUUUACAAUAAUAAAUAUACACUGGACAAUUGGCGUUGAUGUUAUAAUGUUAAUACUGCACUUUUAACAACUAUAGUGUAUUUAGGAGGUCUUCAAGCGCGUAAAAGGCUAAUUGCUACGCUUGUUUAUCAACAAUUUAAGACAGAAUUCUGUUACUGAACAAUAAAGGUUAUAACAGUAAAAAUAAAUAAAUAAAUGAAUACAGCUCCAGCCAUAGGCGGAACUAAGACAACUGGUUGCCAUGACAACCACAACAAACCUCAAUAUAUAACAAACUUUAUAUACAAACUCAUUGCUGUACAUGUAUAACAACUUAAUACACAAACUCGUACAUCACUGUAUAUAUUUAAUAACUUUAGACAAACAUAUAUAAGUAAACAUUAGAUUAUAAUAUUAGUGAGUGAAGACGUUCCCAGCCAUAAGAGUAUCUAGUGCUCAACAAGGCAAGAUGGACGUUGGGCUGCUUCAGUUAGAAGCUCCAAUAAAAAUUAACUCAAAUGGAGAACAAGUUGAACAAAUCUUUGAUGACUCGUUGGAAGAAUCAGAAGAUGAUCUGGAAAUUAUCACAGCCGCCCUGGAGAUGGACAGCAUGGAUGAUGACGAGGAUAACGAAGCGACAAUAACAGACAAGGAGAGAGGGGAGAAGAUAAUCGACGUUCUUAUUCCACCUUGUGAAUGGCAGGAUGAAGAGGGGAUGACGUGGAUACAGCGGGUAUCUCGUGCGCCACCCAGUAGAACAGCCGUGAUACUGCUUUGGGAGCAGCUAGACCUCAAGAUCAAGGAACAGCAAGCGAGAACGGGAGGGAUCUGCUCUAUAAGACGGGACCUGUACAGAGAAUGUUUUGAUGAAUUAAUUAGACAGGUGACGCUAGACUGCCCUGAACGAGGUCUUCUGUUAUCUAGGGUGAGAGAUGAGGCCAACAUGACCAUAGCCGCCUUUCAGUGCCUCUUUCAAUGUGCCUCAGAAUUCGGUGCCACUAAAGCCAUACAGUCUGAGAAUGGUAAGUGGGAACUGGAGGGUGAGCUGAGAGAACUGGAGGAGAGGGUAGCGGGUCUCCAGGCUGAAGUGCGUCGACUGCAAGCUUGGAAGAGACAAGUUGUGAGGCGCUGGGAGGAGAGGAGAGACGUACAGCAAACACUGUUUUUACAGGUGAGGAACUGGAGUGUUUGGAACGAUCAGAGAAACAAUACCAGGUGCUGAUCGAGACGCUUUUGUCCAGUCGAAACUCUUAAAUGGUGUAGCCUGAUGGUGAUGGUGUGGCCUGAUGGUGGUCGGAGAUGGUGUAUUACCUGUAUAGUAUAAUGAAAAAGUAAAUAAACAAUAUUAUUUA